CCGCGUGAUCAUCAACUUUUGAUUCCCGAAGCCGAGUUGGUCGAUGCAAAUUGAGAUACCACCAAAUACGAUACGAUAAGGAAAAUCUACUACGGCUCACUCCCUAGAGGAGAUUGAAACCAAGCUUAUUACUUGAUUCUCAUUCUCUCUUGUCGUUGAUCGGGUUGAGAGAAUUGGACUCUUGGCUCCAUUACAUUAACAUAACUAAUUUUCGACUACGUUCUUGCGACACCUCUUGAACGUCAUCAUCAUGUCUCUCCGCCAAUUUACCGUCGCGGCCGUUUUGGCCUUCGCCACCCUAUCCACAGCUACCAAGGAGAAGGCUGCGCAAGAUCCCAUAGUCGGUACCGAUACCGUCCAUGGUUGUUACAAGUCGUAUGGAACGAUGACGCACCAGACAACGGAUAACUUCAACUCGCAGGGUGCAUGUGCAGGACUGUGUCGUUCGAAGAACUUUGUCGCUGGUGCUUCUAACUCGGUCGAUUGCUGGUGUGGUGAUGAAUACCCUAACAAGGCCGAUCUCGUGGAUGACGACCAAUGUACCGAGCCUUGCCCUGGUUUCGGUGACGAUGCUUGCGGUGGUCUUAAUACCUACACUGUUUACAACACUGGAAAGCGAGUAUCUGUCGGCGAAGCAUCGCAGAUCGGCUCUUCCAGUUCAUCCAGCAGCUCAUCUAAGACUAGCUCCGCUUCUUCGCCAGCUAGCACUUCUGAUACUAUCGAGACGAUUACCGCCUCAUCUGAUCCCGACAACAACAAGUCGACUCCUAACGUAGCGGGCAUUGCUGGUGGUGUGGUUGUUGGUGUUGUCGCUGUAGGAGCUCUGAUUGGAGGUGGCUUUUUCUGGAUGCGCCGAAAGAGAAACGCCGAGAUCGAAGAGGAGCACCGACGAAAUGCCGCUGUCAAUGCGUUCAUCAGCGGUGGUAAGCCCCCCUCUAGCAGCGGUGGUCUUUCGAUGUCCGACUCCCGACUUGACCCCGUUAUGAACCGGCGAAUGAGCGACGGCAGCAUCGCCGACAACCAAGAUUACUCGCGGAGAAUCCUGAGGGUUACCAAUGCUUGAAAACCCUCGCAUCGCAAAUAUCACGAUGAACGACUUCCGCUUUGUAACACUUUUUAUUCACAUCGGCAUUGACGGCGUUUCAUGGUGGCCAUUCGUCAUUGGAU